ACCUCACCUCCACUGGAGACCACAGACCCAUCAGCAGCACACGAAGACUUCAGCCACUCACCACAGAGCAAAAGUCUCUCUCUGGCUGUCUCUCUCCGUGGUAGCUCAUGUCAAAACGAAAGACUUGCCUAACCCUCUGCUGACCCCUGGGCAUUGUGGAGGUGGAAGAGCCGUCUGUCAGCUGCCACUCCAGGACCCUGCUGCGCCUGGGAGGCUGCUCGGGGCCGGGACACCCAGGGGUGGUGUCCCCUGCCUGGAGGCAGCCAUGCAGUGUCCUUCUCACUGAGGAGGAGGGGUCGAUCCAGCCGGGGCCCUCACAGGGCUGGGUGAUGACAACAUUGGAGGACCCGAGUCCAGCCCAGCCUGGUGGGACGAAUGAGCUGAGGGUAAUGUUGGACUCGGUGACACACAGCACCUUCCUGCCUAAUGCAUCCUUCUGUGAUCCCCUGAUGUCAUGGACUGAUCUGUUCAGCAAUGAAGAGUACUACCCUGCCUUUGAGCAUCAGACAGCCUGUGACUCGUACUGGACAUCAGUCCACCCUGAAUACUGGACUAAGCGCCACGUGUGGGAGUGGCUCCAGUUCUGCUGCGAUCAGUACAAGCUGGACACCAAUUGCAUCUCCUUCUGCCACUUCAACAUCAGUGGCCUGCAGCUGUGCAGCAUGACACAGGAGGAGUUCGUUGAGGCAGCUGGCCUCUGCGGCGAGUACCUGUACUUCAUCCUCCAGAACAUCCGCACACAAGGUUACUCCUUUUUUAAUGAUGCUGAAGAAAGCAAGGCCACCAUCAAAGACUAUGCUGAUUCCAACUGCUUGAAAACAAGUGGCAUCAAAAGUCAAGACUGUCACAGUCAUAGUAGAACAAGCCUCCAAAGUUCUCAUCUAUGGGAAUUUGUACGAGACCUGCUUCUAUCUCCUGAAGAAAACUGUGGCAUUCUGGAAUGGGAAGAUAGGGAACAAGGAAUUUUUCGGGUGGUUAAAUCGGAAGCCCUGGCAAAGAUGUGGGGACAAAGGAAGAAAAAUGACAGAAUGACGUAUGAAAAGUUGAGCAGAGCCCUGAGAUACUACUAUAAAACAGGAAUUUUGGAGCGGGUUGACCGAAGGUUAGUGUACAAAUUUGGAAAAAAUGCACACGGGUGGCAGGAAGACAAGCUAUGAUCUGCUCCAGGCAUCAAGCUCAUUUUAUGGAUUUCUGUCUUUUAAAACAAUCAGAUUGCAAUAGACAUUCGAAAGGCUUCAUUUUCUUCUCUUUUUUUUUAACCUGCAAACAUGCUGAUAAAAUUUCUCCACAUCUCAGCUUACAUUUGGAUUCAGAGUUGUUUACGGGGGGUGAGAGCAGAAACUCUUAAGAAAUCCUUUCUUCUCCCUAAGGGGAUGAGGGGAUGAUCUUUUGUGGUGUCUUGAUCAAACUUUAUUUUCCUAGAGUUGUGGAAUGACAACAGCCCAUGCCAUUGAUGCUGAUCAGAGAAAAACUAUUUAAUUCUGCCAUUAGAGACACAUCCAAUGCUCCCAUCCCAAAGGUUCAAAAGUUUUCAAAUAACUGUGGCAGCUCACCAAAGGUGGGGGAAAGCAUGAUUAGUUUGCAGGUUAUGGUAGGAGAGGGUGAGAUAUAAGACAUACAUACUUUAGAUUUUAAAUUAUUAAAGUCAAAAAUCCAUAGAAAAGUAUCCCUUUUUUUUUUUGAGAAGGGUUCUCACUAUGUUGCCCAGGGCUGGUCUUGAACUCCUAUGCUCAAGUGAUCCUCCCACCUCGGCCUCCCAAAGUACUGUGAUUACAAGCGUGAGCCACGGCACCUGGGCAGAAAAGUAUCUUAAUUAAUGAAAGAGCUAAGCCAUCAAGCUGGGACAUAAUUGGAUUUAACAUAGGUUCACAGAAAGUUUCUUAACCAGAGCAUCUUUUUGACCACUCAGCAAAACUUCCACAGACAUCCUUCUGGACUUAAACACUUAACAUUAACCACAUUAUUAAUUGUUGCUGAGUUUAUUCCCCCUUCUAACUGAUGGCUGGCAUCUGAUAUGCAGAGUUAGUCAACAGACACUGGCAUCAAUUACAAAAUCACUGCUGUUUCUAUGAUUCAAGCUGUCAACACAAUAAAAUCGAAAUUCAUUGAUUCCAUCUCUGGUCCAGAUGUUAAACAUUUAUAAAAUCGGAAAUGUCCUAACAACUCUGUAAUGGCAAAUUAAAUUGUGUGUCUUUUUUGUUUUGUCUUUCUACGUGAUGUGUAUUCAAGCGCUAAAACACGUAUUUCCUUGACAAAAAUAGUGACAGUGAAUUUACACUAAUAAAUGUUCAUAGGUUAAAGUCUGCACUGACAUUUUCUCAUCAAUCACUGGUAUGUAAGUUAUCAGUGACUGACAGCUAGGUGGACUGCCCCUAGGACUUCUGUUUCACCAGAGCAGGAAUCAAGUGGUGAGGCACUGAAUCGCUGUACAGGCUGAAGACCUCCUUACUUAGAGCUGAACUUCAAAGUAACUUGUUUUAAAAAAUGUGAAUUACUGUAAAAUAAUCUAUUUUUGGAUUCAUCUGUUUUCCAGGUGGAUAUAGUUUGUAAACAAUGUGAAUAAAGUAUUUAACAUGUUCAA